ACUUUAGUCAGAGCCAUCCAUGAACUCAGCAGGGGUGAUCUUACAGAUGACACUGAUCUAUUCUUAAAGAGAAUGAAAAGGCCCUUGCCACCUGGAAAUCAACCAACAAAGCUCUUUGCAAGGAAUUUUGAUGUUGAUAAAUUUAAUUCAGACAGCUUAAUGGACAUGGAAGGUGAAGUAAAGAUAUUUAAAUCAACAGAUUCUGGAGAUGCCACGAAAUUGACACACUUUUCAAGUGCAGCACCAAAACUUUAUUUGAAAAUAAAUGCUCCCGUGAUGCUGCUUGUCAAUUUAUCUUCAUCACUUGUGAAUGGUCAGUGUGGAGAAGUGAAGGGUUUUGGUGAAAAUUAUGUGGAUGUUUUCUUUCCUCAAACAAAAAAAAAAUACAAAGAUUUAUGCAUAUAAUUUUACCAUUUAUGACAAGGAGAGUGAAAGAGACAUUGCAUGUCGCAGGCAAAUUCCCUUAAAGCUAUCAUUUGCCAUGACUACUCAUAAGGCACAGGGACUAACUUUGGAUCGAGUGGAAAUUGACUGUCGGUAUAUGACUAAUCCGGGCCAGAUAGGGGUAGCAGUUGGGCGAUGCAGAAGCAUCAAAGGACUUCGGAUUCUUAACUACUCCAAACAUUUAGUCAGGCAGCAUAAAGAAGAUGUUAAUAGCUUUUAUUCCACUCCAUUCUUGCCCAUUCUUCCUGACUUUUUAUGCUGCAAAAUGUCACCACUCUUGGAAAAAUUGGCUAUGGAGCCAUUUUCAGCAGAAACAAAAACUGAAGUUGAGGAAUCCGAGGAUGAUGAAGAUCAAACUUUGAGAAAAGAAUUAGAAGAUGUUAAUGUAAUGGACAAUCUCUUCUGCGACUGGGAUGAAGAAUGGGAGGGUUUGGAGGAGAGAGACUUAGAGGGUCAAGUUUGUGAAAAUCCCUUACCAGAUGAUGUCAACAUAGACUGUAUCCUGGACGGGAUUCGAUACACAGAGCCUUUUACAAACGAACAAAGGAACGUUAACACCUGUUUAUCAGAUCUUCAAAAUCGCAACAUGGAAUUAAAACUUUUUUGCAAUAACAUUCAUGACAAAUUACAGUCCUUUUUCAAAGAUACUAUUCCAAAGGAUGUGAAAAUUGAGAACAAACACACUACAGCAUUUUUUAAGAAAGUGACAUUAUUCAGUUGCCACAAUUCUUACCAAAAUCAAGUGAGAAAAUUAUUUCACUCUGCUACACCAUCAAAAGCACAGUAUCGUGUAUGUUUUGCCAUAUUGCAAAAGCUGCGUUCCAUUAUUGUCCAAAAGGCCUCUGAACCAGUAUAUAUAACAGCAAGAGAAGCAGCAAAGGUUCAAGUAAAGAAGGUUCAAUCUAAAGGAAGCAGAGCAAAAACAAGAUACAUAGGUGGGUGGUGUGUUGCCACAAUCAGACGAAGAAAGAAAUCCUUUGUCUCAAGCAAUCUGUACAAAAAAUCAGUAAAAUUACAAGUGAACGAAAGAGACAAAGAAAUUAGAUUUCUUGAUCAGCUUGCAGGUGAUGAGAGUUACAUAACGAAAAUUUCUAAAGAUCAAGAUUCCUUAGCUGAAAUUCAGAGAAAACAAACUACUCUUUCAAAUCUGACAUGCAUUAAGGAUGAAGGAUUUCAUUUUUUCCUGAAUUUAGACCAACAAAUCCAACAGCUCGAAACAUUCCAAAAUUUGAACUUGUAUGGUCAGAACUUUUACAGUUACAUCUACUCUAGCUUAAAAGAAAGUAAGGACUUAAAGAAAUCUUGGUUGACUCUAUUUCAUGAUGAGGACGAAAUGAAUGUUAAUGACUAUCAAGAGAGUCUUGAAAACAUAUACAUGGAAGUUCUUACAAAGUAUAUCAAAAUGUCCUCCGCACAGUUCCGCCAGGAAUACAAAAGAGAGCUAAGAGUACAAAAAGAAGAGGCUCACAGAAAAUAGAUCCGAAUGCGAACAGACAAAGCAAAUAAACAAAAGCUGGAUUUCAAUUUUAUCAUUGUUGAUGAAAGCGAUUGCAAGCAGAAAUCCCAUUUGCGUCUCCAAAGCGAGUUGUUAGACAAUGACAGUUUCUUACAAGUAUUUACCAAAUCAAAUGUGAUGCAGUUAUGUAAAGCAUAUAAUCUGAGUAUUUCAAACAGGAUGACAAAAAAUGAGUUAUGCGCAUCUUUAAAAAAAUCCAUCCAAGACCAAGAUAAAAUGCCAAACUCAGCAAUACUAACAACUGAAGCAGGAGAGAAAGUCACAUCCGAAGAAACAUCCUCUGUACAGGGUCAAUCUACAUCACAUGAAGAUAAUUUAGUCAGACCAGGUCCAUCAGGGGGAGAAGACACCACCCAAAAAUCUAAUCCAAGAAGAGGCAGGAAAAGGAAGAGGAGACAAGGAGGUAAAGGGAAGAAGAAGAAAACUGUAGACCAGCAGCUGAGUGAUGUUUACAUGUGUGGAAUAUGUGACCAGCAAUGUGACAAUGAGUGUGUUUGUUGUGACAUAUGUGAUACAUGGUAUCAUUUCAUUUGUUUACAGGUUGAUGGGGAUGAUGAUGAGUUUAAUUCUGACUGGUAUUGCAAUACUUGUAAAAAUAAUUAAAUUGCCUGAACACAUAUAUUGCAUUUGUCUCAUGUUUGUUCACUGUAAAACAAUUAAGGCAAUUUGAUGGGAGCAAAUUCAAUGAAGAGGAGUUUAUAAUUUGUCAUUCUUACUCAUGUUAAAAUAUUGACAGGAAUAUUUGAACUUGAAAAAAAACAAAAACAUUUGGCCCAUGGCCAUUCUGAUCGUGCUACCCGACCAUAUUAAGUUAUAUUGAUAAUGCAUAUCAUACAAGGAUUAUUAUUUUUUUUCUACAUAUAUUUUAGGCUCAUAUAUAAUGUGUU